AUGCCUCAAUCCAAGGAACAGAUCGAGCGCCAGCUCACGAAAGACAUCACCACCAAGCAAGCUCUGCGCAAAGAGAACAACCGCCAACUCGAAGAGCAAAUGAAUGAGCUCGAGGUUUUGAGACUUCGGUGUGAGAGCAUCGACCGUGAGAGUGAGAGCAUCCGAGUGGAGAUGAGCAAAGUCGAGAAGAGCAUCGCUCAUCACACACCACAACGCAACACCUCCGCCGACGUCGAAGCCGUGCACGAGUUCUCCCGUUUCGACCAAGGACCUCUCAUGGACAUGCCCUCCGCCGCCGCUCUCGACUCGGACGACGACGACACCGACGACGAUCCCAUCGAGGAACACUCAUCCUCCGACAUCGCAUCAGAGCCAUCGACCGUGAUUGAUCACAACCUCGCCCAGCUGAUCGAAAACCACCUGGUACGCCAGAAUCGGCUGCAGCAACCCCUCUACGAGGCGGCGUGGAAUUACGAGUGGGAUGAAGUUUUGAGACUGUAUGCCGAGAUGGAGGAUUUGUGCAAGAUUGAGGACCUGCGAUGGUUUUUGCAAGUUGCAGCGGACACCAAGCGUAGAGAGAAGGAGAACGCCACGUCGUGAUGGCAGCAUGAGCGCUGACCUGGGCGACGGGCGGCUUGAUGUAUCUUCUUCUUCUCGACGUGGGCACGGCAGUGUCGACUAAGAGGGGAGGGCGACGAGGAUGACGAUGAGGAGGAUGGCGAGGAAGACUUUCACUAUCAACUGAGGACGGCCAACAUGGCAGUGAUGGGAAGGUGAGCUGCAGUACACGCAGCAAGCGAUGACGACGAUGGAAAAUGAGACGUAGGGUAGUCGUUGGAGAUAUUGAAGCAACAUGUAAUUGUACUCCAUCCG